AGCGGCAGGGGAAGGCACCUGAGGGGGGAGGUGGUGGCGCGGCUGCAGGUAUCUGAUUGCUGCCUGGGAAAAGGCGAAGUGCUUGAGACUCCUUUCCCAGCUCUUCUGCCUUCCAUGAUAGCAGCGGUUCGUGCCCUGCUCGCAGCAGCAGCGCUAGAGGCGGGGAAAGGAGGGAGACCUGGAUUGUUUGGCGUUCUAAAUCCCACGGAGCGGCCUAAACUGUAUAGGUCUGUAAUUGAAGAUGUCAUUAAUGAUGUCAGAGAAGUUUUUCUGGAUGAAGGAGUGGAUGAACAAGUCCUUGUGGAACUCAAAACACUGUGGGAGAACAAGCUGAUGCAGUCCAAGGCUGUAGAUGGGUUUCAUUCAGAAGAACAGCAGCUUUUGUUGCAGGUCCAGCAGCAGCAACAGCAGCAGCAGCAGCAUCAUCACCACCACCACCACCACCAUCAUCCCCAACCACAACCACAGCAGACACUGCAACAGCAAUCCCAGCCACAACAAGUCCUUAUUCCUGCAUCCCAGCAAGCACCUCAGCAGCAGGUUAUUGUGCCAGAUUCCAAGCUGAUACAGCACAUGAAUGCAUCAGGGAUGAGUGCUGCUGCUACUGCAGCUACUUUGGCUUUGCCUGCUGGUGUGACUCCUGUUCAGCAAAUACUUACCAAUUCAGGCCAGAUCUUGCAGGUAGUUAGAACUGCAAAUGGAGCUCAGUAUAUCAUUCAGCCACAGCAGCCAGUGGUUCUACAGCAACAGGUUAUACCACAGAUGCAGCCUGGUGGUGUACAAGCACCUGUCAUACAACAGGUCUUGGCUCCUAUCCCUGGAGGGAUCUCUCAACAGACAGGAGUGAUCAUUCAGCCUCAGCAAAUCCUGUUUACAGGAAAUAAAACACAGGUCAUACCUACCACUGUGGCAGCUCCUGCCCCAGCACAAGCACAGAUUCCUGCAGCUGGUCAGCCACAGGCACAGCAACAACAGGCACAGCCCCAAGCACCCCUUGUGCUUCAGGUUGAUGGAGCUGGGGACACAUCAUCUGAAGAAGAAGAAGAUGAGGAAGAAGAUUAUGAUGAUGAUGAAGAGGAAGACAAAGAAAAAGAUGGAGGUGAAGAUGGCCAGGUUGAAGAGGAGCCCCUUAACAGUGAAGAUGAUGUGAGUGAUGAGGAAGGACAAGAGCUGUUUGAUACAGAAAAUGUUGUGGUGUGCCAGUAUGAUAAGAUCCAUAGAAGUAAAAACAAGUGGAAAUUUCACCUCAAGGAUGGCAUCAUGAACCUUAAUGGAAGAGAUUAUGUAUUUUCCAAAGCCAUUGGAGAUGCGGAAUGGUGAAGUUUUUAAGACAAAGCAUAAAACUCCCCCCAAAAAUAAAAAAGAAAGAAAAGCAAAAGCAGGAAAGGUUGAGACUUGGACAUGCAUUUCAACCAAAACUUAUCUCUGCACAUCAGAAAAGUACAGUAUAAACAAAACUACCAGGACAAAGGUAGAACGUGGCAACAUAGACACUACUUCAGUGGGCAAGCCAUGGGACUGUAGCAACUAGCAUUGUCUGGGAGCUGGUUUUGUGUGUUAGGAAUACCUUAAUUGUCAAUUCUGCAUACAAGAACCUACAGCUGGUAAUUAGCAUGUAAGGCUUUGUCUCCCCUUUCUUCCCCCUGGGUUAAGGUUUUAAAAUUUCUUCCACUGAUUGAAUUCCUUUUUGAUAUACUAAUAAUCUGAAAAUGCUUUGUGUGUACAAAACUUUGCUUUGAACACUUCCCUUUGAUAGUGAAGAUGGUCAGAAUGUUGCUUAAAACUGUGUGCAGGCUUUGUACAGAAGGGUAAGAAUUAAGGCGUUUAAAUUUUAAUUAUCUUCUAUAAGAAAAACACUUUUUAAUUGUACUAUGGUCAUGUAUAAUU